AUGUCAAAAAGAAAAGCGCAACAAGCACUGGAAGAUGAAAGUGAUGUCUUACAAAUUCAAGCACUUGGGGCUGGUAACGAAGUGGGCCGUUCAUGUUUGGUUAUUAAAUACAAAGGCAGAACGAUAAUGUUGGAUGCAGGAGUGCACCCGGCUUUUAAUGGGUUGGCAGCACUUCCUUUUUAUGAUGAAAUUGAUCCUACCACUGUUGAUGUUUUGCUGGUUAGCCACUUUCAUUUGGAUCAUGCCGCUUCUCUACCGUAUUUCAUGGAAAAGACUGGAUUCCGUGGUCGUGUGUUUAUGACUCAUCCGACAAAAGCUAUAUAUAAGUGGCUAUUAACAGACUUUAUAAGACCAUCAACUAAUGAUCUAUUACAAUAUCAAAGUAAUGUCGGAGCCGAUGAAAAUAUUUAUACGGAACAAGAUUUGUUGCAUAGCUAUGAGAAAAUUGAAGCGGUCGAUUAUCAUCAGGAGAUGGAGGUAGAGGGAAUAAAGUUUACUAGUUACAAUGCUGGACAUGUCCUCGGAGCUGCAAUGUUUUUGAUCGAGAUUGCUGGUGUAAAGAUAUUAUACACCGGCGAUUAUUCGAGAGAAGACGACAGACAUUUAAUGGCAGCUGAACCUCCUAAAAUCCAGCCGGAUGUUUUGAUCACUGAAUCCACUUAUGGUGUUCAAAGCCAUCAGCCACGGUUAGAAAAGGAAGCGAGAUUCACAUCACUUGUCCAUGAUAUUGUACAACGUGGAGGCAGAUGCCUGAUGCCGGUAUUUGCGCUUGGACGUGCACAAGAAUUGCUAUUGAUUCUUGACGAAUAUUGGGAAGCCCAUCCUGAAUUAGAGUCUGUACCAAUUUAUUAUGCGUCAUUACUAGCGAAAAAAUGCAUGGCAGUCUAUCAAACAUAUAUAAACAUGAUGAAUGCGAAAAUUCGAAAGCAGUUUGCCAUUUCGAACCCGUUUGUGUUCAAGCACAUUUCCAAUUUGAAGAAUAUGGAUAAUUUUGAUGAUGUUGGACCUUGUGUUAUGAUGGCGAGUCCAGGAAUGUUACAGAGCGGUCUUUCUCGAGAACUGUUCGAAAGAUGGGCUCCCGAUAAAAGAAAUGGCCUCGUAAUUACAGGUUAUUGUGUAGAUGGAACUUUGGCUAGACAUGCAAUGACUGAGCCUGCAGAAAUAACUUCAAUAACCGGUGCAAAAAUCCCACGACGUCUAUCUGUUGAAUAUAUAUCCUUCUCGGCCCAUGUGGAUUACACGCAGAAUAGUCAAUUUAUUGACGAAGUGAAUGCCCCUAAUAUUGUUCUUGUACAUGGUGAAUCAAAUGCUAUGGGUCGCUUGAAAAGUGCUUUAGAGACAAAAUUCAAAGAUCGUGGACAAAAGGUUCAAGUAUUCUCGCCGAAAAAUUGUGAAUUCGUGAGACUCAAGUUUCGAGGAGAAAAAUUAGCAAAGACGAUAGGUUCUCUAGCUGCUAAAUAUCCUCAGGAGGAUCAAUUACUCUCUGGAAUUCUUGUCUCAAAAGAUUUUCAAUUUAAUAUCAUGGACGCGCGCGAAUUGAAAGAGUUUAGCGGGAUUUCCACUUCUGCUAUUUCGCAAAAACAGACAAUUUAUUACCGCGCUUCUUUCUCGCUUUUAAAGUUUCAUUUGGAACAGAUGUUUGUCAAUUUGGACGAGACCAAAGAUGAAAAUGGUGUACCAACUUUGAAGAUAUUGAAUUCUAUUAAAGUUAAACAAGUAAAUAAAACUCAAAUUUUACUCGAAUGGCAAGGUAAUUCUAUGAAUGAUAUCAUUGCAGAUGCAGUCUUAGCUGUAAUACUGAAUAUUGAAAGCAGCCCUGCUUCCGUCAAAGUCACAAAAAGUCCAACCCAUUCGCACCGACAUCACCAAGAAGACAUUCGAUCCACCACAAUAAAUUUUCUUAAGAAGCAGUUUGGUGAAGUUUUCGAAAAUCCAGAAUCGAAGGAUGAGAUCAUUGUUAAAGUAGAUGAACAUACUGCCACAGUCAAUAUUCAGAAUUUGGAAAUAAACGCACAACAUGAACCAUUAAGAAAGAGAUUGGUUGAUGUGAUUGAACGUGUUGCGCGUACGCUACGGCCUUUGGAUUUCGAAUACUUGUCGAAGAUGGAAACAACAUCUUAG